AUGGCCGGAAGAGGCAGUCGAAAGAAGGCCACGCCAAAGGCGGCGGCGCAGUCCGGCGGUCUGCAGCACCGAACCCUGUUGAGGAAGCGCAGUAACAUUUUGGGCUCUGCUAACUUGAUCCAGGACUUUCUAACCAAUUUCCGAGAUGAUCAAGUAACCCAAAUUCCGCUGCGGAUUCAGCGCUUGGAUGAACUUUGGGAACGGUUCGAAGACGUGCAAGACGAGAUUGAGGUUAUCGAAGGUGCUGAGGAUGACUAUUCGCAGCAGCGUCAACAGUUCCACGACCAAUACUUCGUGCUAAAGGCGGCCCUCGCGGACAAGAUCCCGGAGCCCGCUGUCGUCGUUCCCGCGCCUGCCCCGCUCGCCCACCAUGCUGCUGGGAACCAGAUCUCUGUCAAGCUGCCGGAGAUUAAGCUGCCGGAUUUCUUCGGGGAGUACGAAGAAUGGACCGAGUUCCGCGAUAUAUUCAAGUCCCUAAUCCAUGCGAACAUGCAGUUGACCGCUAUACAAAAACUGCACUAUCUGCGCAGCUCGUGCAAGGGUCAUGCUUCGCGGCACAUCGCGGGACUGGAACUCAACGCUGACAACUACGAAAUAGCGUGGAACAUUUUGUGGGAUCGUUACGAGAACAAAACCUAUCUCGUAAAACAACACCUGUCGGCCAUGUUUCGAAUCCCUUCUCUUCGGAAGGAAUCAGCAGCUAACCUCUCGGACCUUGCAGACGAGUUUAAUCGCCACGUGGGAAUUUUGGACAAGCUCGAGUCUGCGGACGCCCACUGGAACUCUCUGCUAGUCGAACGAUUAAGCAGCUUGUUGGAUGAAAAAUCCCGCAUGGAGUGGGAAUCGGAGUGCAAGGACAAAGUGGCCCCCACCUACCAAGAACUCCUCGAUUUCAUUCACAAACGUUCUCGUUUGCUCCGGUUGUGCAAACCCAAUCUCGAAUCCCCCAGUAGCCAGAGCAAACCAACGAAGGGCAAGCAAUCCUCCUCCCAUGUUGCUUCCGAACACGUGCCCAAAUGUGUGCAGUGCAAGCAGGCUCACCAGCUGACCGAGUGCGAGGCGUUCCUUCAACUGUCACCAAAGCAGCGGCUCGAGUUGGCAAAGGAGAAGCGCCUUUGCAUUAACUGCUUGAAGGGAGGACAUAUGGCGAAGGAGUGCAAGCGUGGCAGCUGCAGAACCUGUGCGAAGAAACAUCACACGCUGCUGCACCUGCCUCCACUGAAACCAGCAGCAGCAGAGGACGAUCCAGCCACUUCGCAGGCAUGCACUGCCGUAUGUUCGCCGCCUGUUGCCACGCAGGCCACAAAUUCGCGCGCGGUCUCGUUAGCACCACCGUCGGUGCAGUCGCGUACCUCGUCGCAGACACUCGCGUCGUUUUCGAAUUCGGUCGUCUCCCCGUCGCCGGUGUUAACCGAUCGCAUCGGUUCUGAACCACUCCAAAUUGCCCCGCAAGUCGCCCCGCCGUUUUCCGCCCAAGCGAGCAAGCCUGCAGACACCACCGUGUUUCUCGCAACUGCUGUCAUCCGCGUCCUGGACGUACAUGGCCGUUACCAGCAGGCAAGAGCUCUACUCGACAGCGGCUCCCAGUCAAACUUUGUGUCGGAAUCGCUGUGCCAGAAGUUGGGAUUGAAACGCACACGAAUCAAUCUGCCGAUCUGCGGAAUUGGCCAAGCCACCGUGAACGUGCACUACAGUGUGCAGUUGGCUUUUGCAUCUCGUUUCGCCAAAUAUGAACGUGAACUCACCUGUUUGGUGCUACCCAAGCUCACCGUGUGCUUGCCGAGUCGACACGUCGACGUCUCUCGUUGGUCGAUCCCCCCUAAUUUGCCUCUCGCUGAUCCCCAAUUUAACAUUCGCCAGGGGGUUGAUCUGAUAAUUGGCGCUGAACUGUUCUUCGACCUGCUCGAAAGUAACCAGAUUCUUCUCGCUGACGACCUCCCACUCCUGCAGAAGACGCAACUCGGUUACGUGAUUUCCGGCAAGUGUUCCUCGUUGUCGACAGCCCCGCUGGUAUGCCACCUCGCCACAGAAGAGGAUCUCAACGCCAAACUUGAACGCCUGUGGGAGGUCGAGAAUUUCGACGUCGGCAAGGUGCUGACACCGGAACAACAGCUGGUCGAGGACCACUUCAAGCGUACCGUCUCAAGGAGCAACGACGGGCGGUACAUGGUGCGGCUCCCACUGCGAGAAGAACUGGUUUCGCUAAUCCCAAACUCGUACGCCACGGCGGAGCGGCGAUUUUUGGCCAUGGAAAAACGACUGUCGGCUGAUGAGCACCUCAAGGAGGAGUAUCAGCGUUUUAUGGAUGACUACGAGCGGCUAGGGCAUAUGGAGAAGUGUUCACGCGUCGCGGGCCCGCAGUUCUUCCUCCCCCACCAUGCCAUCCAACGUCCUGGAAGCAGCACCACCAAAACGCGCGUGGUGUUCGAUGGCAGCGCCAAAGGGUCUGGAAGGUUCUCGCUGAACAGCAUUCUGCACACUGGGCCAACGGUGCAACCACCGCUGCUGUCGACUAUCCUGAACUUUCGGCUGCCAAAAUUCGCCUUCACAGCUGACGCUGAGAAGAUGUUCAGACAAGUGUGGGUUCACCCGGAGGACAGAAAGUGGCAACAAAUCAUCUGGCGCAAGAACCCGACCGAAACCCUGCAGAUUUACCAACUAAAGACGGUGACCUACGGUUUGGCCAGUUCUCCGUUUCACGCAGCCCGUGUGCUGAACCAGCUCGCUGAGGACGAAGGCCAUCGAUACCCAAUCGGAGCGCAGAUCGUGGGAAAGCGGUUUUACGUCGAUGACGUACUGGCGGGGGCGGAUACUCUCGAGGAUGCAGACGAAGCUUGCCAUCAGGUGCGAGAGCUGUUCAAGCUGGCCGGGUUCUCUUUGAGGAAGUGGAGUGCAUCGCAUCCCGACAUCCUGCAGCGCAUCCCACAAGACCUCUGGGAAAGCAGCCCCACCAAGGAGAUCGGCGAGCCGGAUUUCGCCAAGGCACUUGGGUUGCUGUGGGACCCGCGUGCCGACUGUUUUCGCUUCAAGAUUCCCACUUUCCCCGAGCUGGCAGUAACAACAAAGCGCAUCGUGGUGUCGGAAAUGGCUCAACUCUUCGAUCCUGCUGGGUGGAUGGGCCCAGUGCUGAUGAGCGUGAAAAUCUUCGUGCAACACCUUUGGGCCACCAACAAGGGGUGGGACGACCCACUCUCUCCAGAAGACGAUCGGUGGUGGAAGGACUUCCGCCGCGAAAUUCCUAUGCUGCAACAAGUGGAAGUGCCAAGACGCGUCAUCGGAAACACUACUCGAAACUACAAGCUUCACUGUGUGUGUGACGCCUCAACCAAAGGGUACGGUUGCUCGGUCUACGUUGUGGGGCCGGACGAAAAGGGAAAAAUGCAGAGCCGGCUUUUGAUCUCGAAGUCCCGUGUUGCACCGGUCUGCGGUCAAACCGUUCCCCGCCUGGAGCUGUGCGCUGCCCUACUUGGAGCGGAGCUGGUCAAUCUACUGCUGGAAACUACUGACUUCGUCGGACCAGUGACCUUUUGGAGUGAUUCGACGGUCGUUCUGCACUGGCUGCGGAGCCCACCUGUAACCUGGAAGGUGUUCGUGUCGAAUCGGAUUGCGGAGAUACAGCGGCUCACCAAGGACGAUACGUGGCGGCACGUGCCCACGGAGAUGAACCCAGCGGACCUCAUCUCGAGGGGUUUGCGCCCCAGCCAGCUUUUGGAUCAACCGCUGUGGUGGUACGGCUGUUCGUUCUUCACCAACCUCAACGAGCCGUGGCCCCCAGUAAUGCCGACCCUCAGCCUGGCAGCCCUUGCAGAAAUGGACCUGGAGCGACGACAAAGCGUAGCAUUGGUGGCCACCGGACCGGACGAGUCCAUUUUUGAGCGGCAAUCGGAACUUGGCAAGCUGCUGAAACUCGUGGCCUGGUGCAACCGGUUUUGCCAGAAUGCUCGGCGACCAGAAGAAGAGCGGCUGUCGGGCAAGUUGAAGCCGACCGAAGUGGACGGGGCGCUGAAGCUUCUUGUGCGGGCCGCACAGAGAACCUCGUUCCCGAAGGAGAUCCAGGAGUACGAGAAGCACGGAAACCAAGGGACCUCGUCGGUGCCACGUGAGCCGAAAUCUCCACUGAAGAACUUGAACCUGUUCCUCGACCCCCAAGGAAUUUUGCGCAUCCACAGCCGUCUGUCGAAUCGUGAUGUUGCCUACGACUCAAAAUACCCGAUGCUGUUGCCGGCCAAGCACAAGUUGAGUACAUUAAUCGCCAGAUCUUUACACUUGCAGACGGCACACUCUGGACCAUCCGCUCUGCUUGCAACGAUUCGACAAAGAUUUUGGCCGCUACGAGGACGCGACUUGGUACGUCGCGAGGUGAAAAGCUGUAUCACCUGUUUCCGGUGCCGCCCGCCAGUUCCUCAGCAACAAAUGGCACCACUUCCGGCAGUUCGGACCACGCCUACUCGAGUGUUUGCCAACUCUGGACUGGACUACUGCGGGCCGUUUCUCGUGCGUCCGUUGUAUGGGAGAGGUGCAAACGUGAAAAUGUACGUUGCGGUUUUCGUGUGCCUGUCGGUGAAAGCGGUCCACCUCGAGGUCGUCCCCGACUUGACGACAACCGCGUGCAUAAACGGGAUCAAGCGCUUCGUCGGACGCCGCGGCCGUCUGAUCGAACUCCGGUGCGACAACGCGACUGCUUUCGUCGGUGCAGAUCGCGAGUUGAAGGAGCUCCGUAAACGCUACCUUGAGCAGUUUCGUACGGCCGAGUGGGAGAACUACUGCCUGGACAGCGGGAUCACCUUCCGAUUCAUCCCGCCGAGAUCCCCACACUUCGGCGGCUUGUGGGAAGCCGGAGUGAAAUCCUUCAAGCACCACUUUCGGCGCAUUUUUGGUGGGAGGUCCUGCACCGUGGACGAGUUGACUACCGCCGUAGUUCACAUCGAGAGCAUCCUGAACUCCCGCCCACUCACGCCUCUCACAGACCAUCCGGACGACCUGGCUAUCCUGACUCCUGGGCACUUCCUGAUCGGGGAACCCAUGUUCUCGAUCCCAGAACCCGAUUACACAAGUGCCCCGCUCAACCGAAUCACUCGUCUGCAGGAAACGCGACGCUCCGUCCAGGAUUUUUGGAAGGUUUGGUCCAGGGAUUACAUCAGCCAACUCCACCAGCGGUCCAAGUGGAGAACCGCAACCAAGAACGUGCAAGAGGGAGCCCUGGUGUUGCUCAAGUCCAUAGACCUGCCACCGUUUCUGUGGAACGUCGGAAGAGUCACCAAAACGUUUCCUGGCGCAGAUGGACUGGUGCGAGUAGUUCUGGUGCGAACGGCUCAUGGAGAGUACAAGCGCGCCGUCACCGAAGUUCGGGUUCUACCGAUCGACCAACCGGCCGACGAUGUCGAGGACAAGGCGGUUCCAGAGGCAGCCGAGAACGAGGAAGGAGACGAGCAGGCGGAUCCAGAUGCAGCUGAGAACGACGAUGAAGGUGUCCAGGCGGUUCCAGAGACAGCGGGUUGA